UCACAUAAGGCUGAUCUUGACGGCAGAAUUUCGCGUAUUGAAUGGACAAAACUCACGUAGACAGAGUCCCCCCAAAAGAGCGCAUCUAACAAACGCCAGUUUUCUUUGUUUAUUACAGAAUUUCCCACUGCUGUUGUGAGAAAAAAAUGAUACUUAAAAUACAUCGCUGCUAACACAGAACCAUUGAAAACGUUAGCAAAAAAAAAAAGUUCCAGCACAACAAAUUAGUGGCAAACAAGACUUGCUUGCGUUAGACGGACAACUAAGUUAACUAAAACUGUCAAAUAAUUUCUCUGCUUCAGAAACCACUGCCACACCACAUCCAGGAAGUGACUGAGGGGUAGAACUCUUGAAAUGGCGCCUGCGCGUUGAAACACGGGGUGCCUCACUUUAGCAGGGUUAUUUCACUGAGAACCGCUUUCUCUAGUGUUGUGGGUAAAUAGAUUCUUUGAGGACUUUUGUGACAGAGGACAAACAUUUGCUGGCUUUGGGAGGAAAUAAAGAGAGCACAAUGAAGUCCAUUGUAGAAUUCUAUGAGGGGAAGAAUGUUCUUAUUACUGGUGCUACAGGUUUUAUGGGAAAAGUGUUAUUGGAAAAGCUUCUCCGUUCUUGCCCUACAGUGAAUGCAGUGUACAUUCUUGUGAGACCUAAAGCAGGGCAAACACCUCGGCAGCGUGUAGAUGAAAUGGUAAUCUGUAAGUUGUUUGACAGAUUAAGAGAUGAGCAACCUGAUUUUGAAAAGAAGAUCAUAGCAGUAAGUGGUGAACUAACUCAUCCUGACCUAGGCUUGAGCAAAAUGGAUCAAGAGACACUUGCAGAGUGUAUUCAUGUUGUUUUCCACUGUGCUGCUACAGUCAGAUUUGACGAGCUCCUCAAAGAUGCUGUAAAACUGAAUGUGAUUGCAACGCAACAACUUCUAACACUGGCACACCGAAUGAAGAAUCUUGAAAUUUUUGUACACGUGUCUACUGCAUAUGCAAACUGCAAUCGUAAACAUAUUGAAGAAGUUAUAUACACUCCUCCAGUUGAUCCAAAGAAACUAAUUGACAGUCUAGAGUGGAUGGAUGAUAGUCUGAUAAAGGAAAUUACUCCAAAGAUUCUUGGAGACAAGCCCAAUACAUACACAUAUACAAAAGCCAUGGCGGAAUAUGUCCUACAACAGGAGGGAAGAAACUUGAACAUUGCCAUUAUUCGACCAUCUAUUGUAGGGGCUAGUUGGAAGGAGCCAUUUCCGGGAUGGAUUGACAAUUUCAAUGGACCUAAUGGCCUUUUCAUUGCAGCUGGAAAAGGAAUCCUCCGUACAAUGAGAGCUUCCAAUAAUGCCGUGGCUGAUCUUGUUCCAGUAGAUGUAGUUGUAAAUACAAUUCUUGCAGCAGCGUGGUACUCAACUGUUCAUAGAUACAGCAUGGUUGGGGAGCAGGUUAUUUCUGCUGAUAGUGAUGAUUCCUCUUCUGAUGACUCCUUAGCAUAUUCCUGUCAACUCCCUUCAAAAUAUGCUUCUCCAGAGGAGGAAACAAAUGGGGGUGAUUCCCUUUUUGAAGAGAUUACCUUUGGUGAAACCAGCAAGAUGAGAGAAUUUGUUAAAUGGGACUAUUCUCAGAUUUCUGAAGAGCAAAAGAGGUGUUAUGAUCUUCUGCAAAUAGAAGUCCCUUCUGCAGUACCUCCAGUCCUACCAGCUUUCCUAGAUGCUUUUGCUUCUUCCAAGAACCCUGAUUCUCGGGCUCCUGCGUCUACGAGAUCAGAUAGAUUUUAUAAGGUGCCUGAUGAUUGUAGGUUCCUCUACAAGUGUCGUUCAGCUGAUCCAGCUGUUUCCAUUGCUUCUGAUGAGUCUUCUUGCUGCUCAGUGCUUGAACGUGACUUCUGUAUGCUAGUAGGUGGCACUAUGGAUAGAUACUACCAUCAGAAUCCUGAAACUUUUUAUCAGAUGUUUGUGAAUAUCUUUCUUUUUAUGUUUAACACUCCUGCAUUAAGUUUUGAAAUCAUCUUUAUGCUUUCACACAACUUUUCUUUCUUAGAGUACCAUGUAAUUUCCACUUUCAAGAGGAAUCCUCUCGAACAGGCCUUCAGACGGCCCAAUGUAAAUCUUACCUCAAAUCACCUUAUUUAUCAAUAUUGGAUUGCUGUAAGCCAUAAGGCUCCAGCAUUCCUGUAUGAUAUCUACCUCAGGAUAACUGGAAGAGAACCAAGGAUGAUGAAAACUAUAACUCGCCUGCACAAGGCCAUGAUGUUGCUGGAAUAUUUUACUAGUCAUUCAUGGGUAUGGACAACAGAUAACACAAGUAUGCUGAUGAACCAGUUAAGCCCAGAAGAUAAAAAGGUAUUCAACUUUGAUGUAAGACAGCUUCACUGGCCAGAGUACAUGGAGAACUACUGCAUGGGGACAAAAAAAUUUGUCCUCAAUGAGGAACUGUCUGGAUUGCCAGCAGCCAGGAAACAUCUUAAUAAAUUGCGGAACAUACGUUAUGCCUUCAAUACAGUCCUUGUGGUUCUGAUCUGGCGUAUAUUCAUAGCAAGAUCACAGAUGGCAAGGAACAUCUGGUACUUCGUUGUCAGCUUAUGCUAUAAAUUCCUUUCUUACUUCAGAGCAUCCAGCACACUGAGGCACUGAGAGCCGCUGCCACCCAGACAUCUCUGCAUUUGAUAGAUAACUCCACAGAGCAUGGGCAGUGUCUUCAAGCAAAAUGUGGACAGCAGCUUUUGAUAACUUUCAAUGUUUCCGUGACAUUGCAGUUUUGGUACAUUUACUGCAUUUUCUGUACAGAUAUGACUGUGUGUAUGCAUAUAAAUAUAUGUAUGUAUAU